CAGACACUGGACAGAGCAGGCUCCUUAGAUCGCUAAGAUGUCCAUUCUUGAUUUCUGGCCCCAGACUCCACACAGUGUCCUGCUACUUAUCCUACUUCUGGGACCCAGAGGAGCCACUUCACAGGAGGACCUGAAGGUGAUUCAGCCUGACAAGUCCAUUCAGGUCACUGCAGGAGAAACAGCCACCCUGAACUGCACCAUGACCUCACUGCUCCCUGUGGGGCCCAUUCAAUGGUUCAGAGGUGUAGGGCUGAACCAGGAGGUUAUCUACAAGUUCACAAAAGGGCACUUCCCUCGUGUCACAAACAUUACAGAUACUUCAAAAAGAAACAACUUGGACUUUUCCAUCCGUAUCAGUAAUGUCACCCCAGCAGAUGCAGGCACCUACUACUGUGUGAAGUUACAGAAAUCAGACAGUGACAAGGAGUUUCAGCGUGGAGGAGGCACUGAGCUCUUCGUGCAUGAACUAGAUGCAUCACUACCUUCUAUCAUCUUUUUUGCUGUUCUCCUUAUCCCCAAGAUAUUUCUGGUGGCUUCUGUCUCUGCUGUCUAUGUCCACAUGAAGCAGAAGUCUUAACUGCAAGGUUUGCCAGAAGAAAGCAGCCCAAUGACAUCAUAACGUGUAGGUGACAAUCCAAAGUUGAGGAGAAUUGAGAGAAGGUGAUUCUCUACAGCACAUCUCUUCCUCCAUACUGCAGUAGAACAUCAAUCUCUGCCUCCUCCUUGCCUGAAGGGACUCAGCCACACAGCUGAUGGGAACCUAGAUUCUGCUCCUGAAUCCUCAUCUCCCAGGAUACUCCUGGGCCAAAAAUCCCAUGAAGACCUCCUUCAUAAUCCUUGAUGCCUUAGCACUGGUUCUACAUUGGUAUGAGCAGGGACAAUGGGAACUAUCACUGGGUAGUGACUUGGAGUCACACUCUAUAAUGUGAGGAACAAGCUCACCCUGGUCCAUUGCUACAGUGUUGCCCACUACAACACAUCCUAGUCUACACUCCCUGGCCCUAGCUUAUCAUUUGGAGUCCAGUGUACCCCAACUCUCCAGCCUUAUUAGUGUUCUCCAAUGUGCCUACUCCCAAUUUUAAGA